ACUCUGGAGGGACUGCGUCACCAAGACUCCUGAGUUAUGGUGCUCGUUGGCGAUCAAUGUUACCUCCAAGUCCGACACUGUUAAUCGGAUGUCCGUGUGGCCAUCCUGGCUCGAACAAGCAGGUUCCUCUCCAUUGUCUUUGUCGGUGGAUUUGUACUCAUCGCUGUCCGACGAGGAAACCGAGGCGCUCAAAACGUUUCUACCCCGUUGCCGCUACCUAUCCUUGGAGCUGGGGAAAGAACAAUGUGCAGCGCUCCUUUCUGGUGUGCACUUUCCCGACUUGGAAGAACUGUCCGUACACUGCGAGCCAGACGUUGUAUCGCCGCCAGCCGCUUGGCCUGGGUGGCCGCGUGGCGCCCUUUGCACUGCACCUCGGCUGCGGAAGCUGAUUUUAAAAGGUGAUAUUGGUUGGGCACGUGAGGGUCUUGUCUUUUCGCCAACGUUGCUCAAGGAACUGGACUUCGAUAAAGCACGUGCUUCCUUCUUUGUUAUACCAGAGCUGCUGCGUCGGUGCGGCUCCUUGACCCGAUGUGUGGUAGUGUUGCCACAAGAUCUAACAUUCAACACAACCACGGCUCUGCCCCAAUUGCUGCAACUGCGAUUGAGGAGCUUAGGUCUACCGGUGAACUCUUUCUUACCGUCACUUCGCGCCCCCCGUCUCAAAGUGUCGUUGGUCGACAACGAUCAGGAGUCCCACCAAACGGGCGCUGUGACGACUUGUGUUCAAUCUAUCAUCGGCUUAAUAUCUCGCUCGGAUUGCCAUCUACGAGAGCUCCGAAUGUCGUGGUGCUGUUACCCAUGCCGUGACCGCACAGAGUUUUCCCAGCUUCUCCAACUCCUCCCUUCCCUAGAGGUGCUUCACCUGGGCCACGGAUCUAUGGCGCUAUGGCGAACCAAUCCCGGUCAGGUCUUCGACUGCCUUACGUACAGGCCGAAAGACUCCGUUUCCCCGCUUCCUCGCUUGACGGAGCUGUCCAUGCGCCUCUCGUAUAAGAUACAGGAUUGUGGUCCCACCGUGGCUAGUGCCCAAGCCAUGUUUCACUCGCGCAUCGGAGGCCGACUAUCAAGGACCGGAUUGCCAUCAUGUCUCUGCUCGGCUUCCGUAGAAAUCAUCAUCAAGGAUGCUGCCUAUGCUCUCAUAAAGUGGUACGGACUAGAGUCGCGGCGUAUCGUUAGAGAGAUAAGGACAAGAGCGGGCGAGAGACAUUCGGAGAUAGUCGAUCUAGAGAGCGCCCAAGCCUCGAUAGAUCGUCCAUCCGCCUGUGACGGACCAGCAAGUGAACUGGGGAGGACUGCCAAGGCCUGUGUCAUGAGAUACUACAGUCUACCUAGCUUAUUAUACUCAGCCUACGGCCUAGAAUAUGUUCGGUUGGUUCUACUCUCAUCAUUCAGCGAGCAAAGGUGCCGCUCAUCAACGAGUGUCAAGCACCAUGUCACUGUACUUACUAGCACCCUCCCCCCAGUGUAUCUCGCCUUUGACAGACUGCGUCGACGAUGCUGGCCGCUCCAGUUUUACCUCGCAAAGUACUUCAUAGCCUUGCUCUUAUGGUGUUCAUUGGAGAUAUACGAUGACGAAUCCCACUUUGGACAAUGGACGAAGACCGACGAUGAACUGGCCGCGGGGCUUUCAUCUCAGAUAUCUAUCAUGAAGUCAUGGUUUUCCCGGGCAGGUUCUUGUCCCCUCUCUUUAUCAGUGGUGCUGUGCUCCCCGUUUUCGGAACGCAUUGAGCACUCCAUCGAGAUGCUCGCACCCUAUAUCCGUCUCUGCUGGCGCCUAUCCGUGUACCCGCAGCACGACGAAAGAGCUCCACCGCUCCUCUCCGGCUUGCACUGUCCCAUCUUGAAAGAUCUGACAGUCCAAUGCGAACAAGGCGCUUGCCUCGAGUGGCCGCGAGAUGCUCCUUGCGUGGCACCUCACCUGCAGCGGCUCAACUUACCAGGCGCUGUCAACUGGCAUCUAAACCUUUCCUGGGAGUAUGACAUGGCCACGGGCGCUGAGAUAUCGGCACUGCUCUCACGCUGCACCUCUUUAACCCGAUGCUGCGUGAAGCAUCUACCUAUGCUCGAAUUCGAUACUGUCACUCUGCCGCAGCUACUGCGAUUGGACUUGUCGAGCCACGACCACACCAAGAUGGGCUCCUUCCUGCGGGGGCUUUCUCUCCCCUGCAUCCAAGAUUUACGGGUGGAGCAGCGUUACAUGGAGACAGCACCGGGACUUUUGGCCUUGCCCUCCCUAGAGGCGCUUCACAUGGAGGAUCAAACUGCACUGUGGCAGAUCGAUCCGGGGCGGCUACCCCUCUGUUCCAAAUGUCGAAGCCAUGCUCCGGUCGCUCACUGGAGGGCAGGAGACCUCCUCUUUGUCAUUAUAGAAGUUGUGGUCGAGGAACCUCAUCAUGUUUUUGUCAAGUGGCGCAAGUUACGAUCAGGACGCUUCGUUAGAAAGAUGUUGAAACGGGGAGGUGGCACACAUUCUGAACUAGUGAAUCUAGGGAACGCCGAUUGGUAUAUAAUAUCCACGGUACUCACGCUGCCAGUAAUGUUCGCUCACAGCAUGGAUGAGACUUGGUUGAGUGCUGUCGAGUACGCAUUUAUUCGAACCUGCCAGAAUGGCAGCCUUCCUAAGGCGACACGAUUACAGCGUGUGUCAGCGUUUACAGUUGCGAACGCCACAUCCGUGGACGAUGAGGUCUAUUCCGACUGGCGAUUUCAACUUGUCCGCUACAGAGAUGAAGAAGUAAAUCAAUACCACCUGGAGUGCACUGAGGAGGAUAGGGCCCACCUUUGUAUAUCGCCAAUCCUCGCGUGA